AUGAUGCCACAUGAACUAGCCCGAGCUCAUUCCCAGGGCAGCGUUGUGUCCCAGACGACCCAGAUUGCUCCCCACAGCCGGCCAGGUACCGCAGAUCCGGUGCGAGCACGCUCUGAAGCUGUCUCCAGGGCCAGCCGUCGUCCUCGGUCAAGAGGAUCAACUGCGAGCAUCCAUUCGAGUACGACCCAGCAGACGCAAGAUCAACAUCUCGACGGGUUCCCCCAAUUCAUGCCCUCACAAGUCACGGGCGGCCAGCACAUGUUCAACAACCCGGAAGACAUGCUUAUGCGAUUCGGACAUCAACUCUCGAACCACCCGAGCGCGACGGGUCUCGACGGAACUAUGCAAGAUACCCACGGCGUUAUGCCUCGCGCCGAGGAUUUCCAACCCCAUCCCAUGCACAGUCACACACUGUCUCAUCACUCCAUGCCACCUGAAAUGUCAAGCGGUAUGUCAAACGUCGCCGCGUCGUACCAGCAAAUGUAUGACAGUGGUGUCGAGAACCAUAUGCCCGAGCACCUCAUCGAGGAGCCCGAGAUCCCGGAAGUGAAUGGGAAAAAGAAAAGGGGCGCUAGCUCGACGGUUGCCAAUGACAAUGAACUGCGAAAACUGCUUCGUCAGUACGAGGGGUGGAGCUUAAAGCAAAUGGCAGCCGAAGUGAUGAAGCAUGAAGGUGGUGGAGGAAAGGCAGAGAAAGUCAAGCAAGUGUUUGCCAUGAUCUGGUUGAGAGAAAAUUGCCGAAAGAGUAGUGGAUCCGUUCGUCGUGACCGUGUAUACUGUUGCUACGCAGAGAACUGUGGCACAGAACGCGUUUCCGUCUUGAAUCCUGCUUCGUUUGGAAAACUGGUCCGAAUUAUCUUUCCCAAUGUUCAGACUCGACGAUUGGGAGUUCGGGGCGAGUCCAAAUACCACUACGUGGACUUGUCUGUCAUUGAGGAAAAGCAGCAGAAGAUUGCGCCCAUGCCUCAAGUUGCUCGUGCUUCCAAUGGCCCAGCCUCCAUGCCAUCCAGGCCUGCCAGUGCCAUGCGGUCUCGAAGUGCUAGUGUUCAACACCCAACCGCCGAUACUGCCGUCUUUCCCUCCCCGACUACCUCCUUCGCACCUAGAUUCCCCAACAACAACUCUAUACCCGCAGACUGCAAUUGCCAGGGUCACAGUUCAUCUGCUCCCGAUGAAACGAUCACCCGCGAGAACGUGGCCCAGCAGGCUGGGAAGAUGAUCCACCAGAUGCUCCAAUUUCCUCUCGAUGAGAACACCUUGGUCGAUAACGAUGCUCUCCAGCUACCUGAUAUUCGAACCUAUUUGCCCGCCAACACCGACUUGAAGGUUGCCGCAGCUCUGGCCGCUCUAUAUCGUUCGCAUUGCAUCUCAGUCAUCGACAGCUUCCGAUACUGCAAAGAACGAAACCUUAUGAAAUAUUUCUCUGCUUUCCAUGGAACAUUGACUGUUCCUGUUCAAAAAUUGUUGACACAUCCAAACCUCGCUGCUUGGAUCAAGGAGUGUGAUUGGAUGAUGUAUCAAAAAAUGAUCGCAUUUGUGGCUCCGCUUACAACUCAGGUUGUACCCAAGCCCGUCUUGGAUGCCUUCAUGUCCAUCUCCCAACGCCUUUGUGGGCACAUCACCGAAACCUUCAAAACCCAACCUACCCAUGUCUCCUUGGCCCGCCUCAUCCCUGCACACACCUUCUGUAAUUUGCUCAAGCACAUGCUUGAUGUGAAUCAAGCCGCCAAUGCUGCAGCAGCGUGGCUAUGUCACCCCGACAACCGAAACCAGAUGUGGAUUGACUUCAAGACGAUGGUUGAUCCGCAAGAGAUGAUGAGCAAAGCCAAUAUCCCUACUUGUGCCGAACUCGCAACUGAACAGAUUCUCAAGCAUGACAUUCGCGCCCUUCUCACUCCAUUGACUGAUUCCAACCCUUCGGCUUGUCUGCCUUUCUUCACACGCCCUGAUAGCCCCGAGUCUGUCGAGGCCCACAGGUUCCCGGUGGAAAGUGCGCCUGGCGAGGAGUACAAUUUCCCCGACAAGUGGGUUCAAUUCAUUCUGAACAUCCCCGCCGCUUUUGCAAACCACGGAACCCAAUGUGUCAUUGAUAAGGUCGACGCCCUCUGGGAUAGUGUAUUGCACCGAUUGACCCUGGGCGGUGCUCAGAGCUUCAGCGCUUGGUGGAUGACCAAAGUGUUCUUCCACGAAAUGAUGAUGUGGCAAGCAGAGAAGGGCGGAUUCAUGCGAAACACGCCCAGCUCAUUGCAGAAUGCCACAUUCGGCCACGAGUCAUCUGGAAACUUUCAGUUGAAACAAGACUCCGCCAUCGAGGCAUCCCCGUUUGACGUUGCCAAUGAUAAUCAAAAAUCCAACAACUCUCCCGCGGUUCCCCAAACAACCCACCAGCCACAUCCCGUCAGCCAUCACCCGGACUUCAAGCAUGCUCAGAAUGAGAAGCGCCUCUCUAUGCAAGAUCCAGCCUUCCAAGCCAACAACAAUGAUGACAGUGCCAUCGACCUCGAGGAUGAUACUAUGCUGCUGGCAGUUGGAAAAUAUGGCGAUAUGAUGGUGUCAGACCCCGCGGAUGCUGAAGGCGAUGUGGUGGUCAUCUAA